GAAUCAGAUGUUUCAGAACCUCAGAAUUCCAGGUCUAUGGAAAUGCAGGACCUAGCAAGUCCUCAUACUCUUGUUGGAGGUAGUGAUCCUCCUGGUAGCUCCAAACUGGAUAAAUCUAAUCUCAGCAGUACAUCAGUCACUACAAAUGGGACAGGAGUCAUAACAAGUAGUGGCUACAGCCCCCGAUCAGCACAUCAGUAUUCCCCACAGCUCUAUCCUUCCAAGCCCUAUCCACACAUUCUUUCUACACCAGCAGCUCAAACAAUGUCUGCCUAUGCGGGCCAGACUCAGUAUUCGGGGAUGCAGCAGCCAGCCGUCUACACAGCCUACUCACAGACAGGACAGCCCUACAGCCUGCCCACUUACGAUUUGGGUGUGAUGUUGCCAGCCAUCAAGACAGAGAGCGGACUUUCCCAAACUCAGUCCCCAUUACAGAGUGGCUGCCUCAGUUACAGCCCAGGGUUUUCUACCCCACAGCCAGGCCAGACACCCUAUUCUUACCAAAUGCCAGGUAAUAAUUGCUGGCCUACUUCAAUAGUAUACUACAAUGAUUGGUUACUUUCUCUUUUAAACACACACACAUCUCCAUUAUUGUUUCAGGACUAUCCAUCCUAUACAGCCUUUGGCCAAAACCAGUAUGCACAGUACUACUCAGCAUCAACGUAUGGCGCAUAUAUGACAUCGAAUAACACAGCCGAUGGCACACCAUCUUCCGCCUCAACCUAUCAGUUGCAGGAGUCUCUCCCAGGACUGACUAACCAACCAGGAGAGUUUGAUACCGUGCAGAGCCCCUCCACACCCAUCAAAGAUCUUGAUGAGAGAACAUGUAGGAGUUCUGGGUCAAAGUCCAGAGGAAGAGGCCGGAAAAAUAAUCCCUCCCCUCCUCCUGACAGUGACUUGGAGCGUGUGUUUGUCUGGGAUUUGGAUGAAACCAUUAUUGUUUUUCACUCACUGCUCACAGGAUCUUAUGCACAGAAGUAUGGCAAGGAUCCCCCCAUGGCUGUAACCCUUGGUCUCCGUAUGGAGGAAAUGAUUUUUAACCUUGCUGAUACGCAUUUGUUUUUUAAUGAUUUAGAGGAGUGUGAUCAAGUUCAUAUAGAUGAUGUUUCCUCUGAUGAUAAUGGGCAGGACUUAAGUACCUACAGUUUUGCAACUGAUGGCUUCCAUGCAGCUGCAAGUAGUGCAAACCUUUGUUUGCCAACAGGUGUAAGAGGAGGAGUGGACUGGAUGAGGAAGUUGGCUUUUCGUUACAGAAGAGUAAAAGAAUUAUAUAACACCUACAAGAACAAUGUUGGAGGACUCCUUGGCCCUGCCAAAAGGGACGCAUGGCUACAGUUAAGGGCAGAGAUUGAAGGUCUGACAGAUUCCUGGCUAACAAAUGCACUUAAGUCUUUAUCAAUUAUUAGUACUAGGAGUAACUGUGUAAAUGUCUUGGUAACGACAACCCAACUGAUCCCAGCACUCGCGAAGGUUCUGCUCUAUAGUUUAGGAGGUGCUUUCCCCAUUGAGAAUAUUUACAGUGCAACCAAAAUAGGCAAGGAAAGCUGUUUUGAGCGUAUAGUGUCCAGAUUUGGCACUAACAUAACUUAUGUUGUGAUUGGAGAUGGCCGAGAUGAGGAGCAUGCCGCUAACCAGCACAACAUGCCCUUUUGGAGGAUAUCAAGUCACUCAGACCUCUUGGCUCUACAUCAAGCACUGGAAUUAGAGUAUUUGUAA